AUGGUAGGCAAGGUUUUUGCCUCCCCUGUCCCUUGGGCUCAGUUUUGGUUCCGAUCAGGUUCAGGGUUUCAUUUCAUGGAUUCACCUAAAACUACCACCACUGCAACGACAACCAUCUCCGCCACCGCCACCACAAUAUCUGGGGCAGAAAUAUCUAAGAAUGAUGAUGGAAGCAAGAAAUCUGCUGAUGGUCCAGAGGAUACGGGGAAAUCGAGCACUUGUUUGAAUAGCAGUCUGAUUGUUGAUGCCCAGAAGAGCAAUAAUGUCAAUAACUCCGAACAAGACCAACUGGGCAGCUCCUCAGGUUGUGUUGACGAGUACUUAUCUGAUCCCGUGGAUGCAGACUGUGCAGACUCUGUUAAUUUGUUAAACCCAAAUGUGAAAAAAUCUGACGAUGCACUUCAGUCAUCAGAAAGUAAUUUAACCAACUUGAAAAUAGCUGUACUAGAAACUGAUGACAUAAAUGAUAAGGGGACAAAAGGGGAUGCGUGUCAGGCCAUGCCCGAGCAAGAUGGAGAGGAUCCUAAGGAGCAGUCAGCAUCCGAAACUAAGAUGGCAAAGAUUGAAGAGGAGGGAAGCAUUGUCGAACAACCAUCUCACGUUUGCCCAAAUUUUGGGUCUGACUUGCUUGUGGACCAUGCUUCUAGGCAACAACAAUGUGACACAUCAGAGGCUCAGGUUGCUCAUCCACGUGAAGAUUAUGGUGAGGAUGUGGGAACGGUCUUGCAUGGACCUGUUCAACUCAUAACACUUUCUGGUUCAGAGGUCAGUCAGCUCCAUCGUGGCAUGAGUAGACGCUGUCUUCAGUUUGAAGAAGCUCAACAGAAAACUAAAAUGGAUGGCACCUAUUCUCCAAAUCCAGCAAUGAAUUUAAUUGGUUCAAUAUUUCCUGCUUCCAGUACAGAAAUGGAGAUUUUGGAUUCAUCUCAGAUGGAGCGAACUAUCUCUUCGAGCCAGAGUCAAACUGUGACAGCUGUGUUUUCCACCGACGACAGUGGAAAGUCUCCCUUACUUGUGUCCAAGCCAUCAGGUAUUGGCUUGCAUCUCAAUAGCAUUGUCAACACUUUGCCAAUGGGAUGCAUUGCAUCAGAACCAGUCAUGAGCCACCAUUCUGUGGAGAGCAAAAUUAGUUGCUCCAAACUAUCGAAUUUAGUUGAGAGAGUCUCAUUAACUGCUGGAGAUAGGGUGCUCCAAACUAAGGCUUCACUUGCUACAAGCUCUGCCACUUCUCAGUCUUUUCGGACCAUGGAAUCUUUCAAUAAGUUGCAGCUACCCGAGCAUCAGGGAACUCCACACAAUAAGAGGAGAUUUAGUUCAGAGCACGCUGACAAUUUUGAGAAGAAAGUAUCAAGCACUGAUGGUGAUGGUUGCAAACGUUGCAACUCCGGCAUCUACUGUGCUGAAACUUGUGCUUGCCAAGGCUGCUUUAACAGGCCUGAAUAUGAAGAUACUGUUCUUGAAACAAGGCAACAAAUUGAAUCGCGUAAUCCACUAGCUUUUGCUCCGAAGAUUGUACAGCAUGUGACCGAGUUUCAAGCAAUCAAUGUGGAAGAUGCAGGCGUGUUUACACCAUCCUCAGGGAGGCAUAAGACAGGAUGCAAUUGCAAAAGGCUAAUGUCGGAUGCUCCAAUGCUUGUCGAUGUGAAGGGUGCAGAAAUAUCCAUGGUAGGAAACAAGGUGAGAAAUUACACAGAAAUUAAAUAUUCUAUGACUGAAGAAAUGGUAAGCAACAGAACUAAUGAAGAGAGGUUAGAAAGCACGGCUGAUGACAAAUUGGAAAUGGUUGCUAACAAUAAAUUUUUACAUGCCGAGCUAUAUGAUCUGCGCAGCCUCACACCACCAACAACAUCAUUUGAGUACUCAAGUCAUGGAAAGGAUGCACCAAAAUCCCGACUCCUUCCUGGUAGGUAUGUCCUAUCGUCGGAUUCUGAUUUUUCCAUGUUGCCAUCUUAUGCAAAAUCCGUAAGUUCUACGAGCAAUUCACACAGCAACGACAUGCUUCCCAAAACAAGUAAAACCCUGGACAUAGUUUCCCAAGGUCAGGAACUAGAUUAUAAAAUUUCUGAAAUAAUGGACCAAUUCUCACCACGAUGUGAUGAGCUUGCCGAUUUCUCUGAUCAUACUCCACUGCCAAAUCCUUCCUCAAUCAUGAUGGCUUCUUCGGCUUCAUCUAAAAAUCGGGACAAGGCAAAUGUUUCACAAACUCAGAUGUAUUCUGGAAGUGCUCGUCUCUCAUGUGGCAGUUCUCUUCGUUGGCGUAGUUCACCAAUUACUCCAAUGACUUGGUUAGGUGAGACCAAAAAUCAAGCACAGGACUCCGAUUGUGGGCUUUAUGACAUUCUGGAAGAUGAUACACCGGAAAUAUUGAAGGAAUCUCCUACCCCUAUCCCGUCUGUUAAAGCAAGCUCUCCUAAUAAAAAGCGAGUCUCUCCACCUCAUAGUCACAUCCAAGAGUUUCAAUCGAGCUCUUCAGCAGGGUUGAAAAGUGGGCGCAGGUUCAUAUUGAAGUCUGUGCCUUCUUUCCCGCCUCUCACUCCCUGUACCGAUUCCAAAGAUCGCACCCAACAGAAAUACUAG